UUUUUGUUGACUAGUAGCAAAUUCUCUCUCUUCGACUUCUUGAUCGGAAACCUAAAAGUCACUUCUUUAGCUACGCCGUUUGCAGUUUGAUCGCCGACUCGAGUAAGCAAAGAAAAGAAGAUGAGUGGAAUUGGAGAGAAAGCUUCUGGAACAACUAAGACACCUGCUGAUUUCUUGAAGUCGAUCCGUGGUAGACCAGUUGUUGUCAAGCUCAACUCUGGUGUUGAUUACCGAGGCAUUCUUACUUGUCUUGAUGGGUAUAUGAACAUAGCUAUGGAGCAAACAGAAGAGUACGUAAAUGGCCAGCUAAAGAACAAAUAUGGCGAUGCUUUUAUCCGUGGAAACAACGUUCUUUACAUCAGCACAACGCAAGGGAAUUUGGCAGAUGGAGCCUAGCUCUCUCUUUCAUCACCAU